AUGAUUUGGAACAAAAAAUGGUGUCUCACGGUUUUCAUCUGUCUACUGUAUCCAGCGUACCACGUCCACGCGUCACAGGACGUCAUGAAGAAACUAACAACCGGCUUCGCGAAGGCGUUAGACCAGUGUAAGGAAGAAUUGGGUCUCGGCGAUCACAUAAUCCAAGACUUCUUCAACUACUGGCGAGAGGAAUACGAGUUAGUGAACCGGGACAUGGGCUGUGCCAUCAUGUGUAUGGCGUCUAAGCUGGACCUUAUCACAGAUGAUAUGAAGCUGCAUCACGGAAAAGCUCAUGAGUUUGCUAAGAGUCACGGUGCAGAUGACGACAUGGCCAAGCAGCUCGUAGGAAUGAUUCACGAAUGCGAAAAGACUCACGUUGCAGUCGUAGACGAUUGUAUGAAGACUUUGGAAAUCGCUAAAUGUUUCCGAACCAAGAUACAUGACCUCAAAUGGGCACCUUCCAUGGAGAUCAUCCUUGAAGAGAUAAUGACGGAAGUUUAAAGAAUUAUUAAUAGACUGGAAUCUAUUACUGGAGUUUUGUGUGACCAAAAAAUUCUUUUUUAAUUUUUAAAAUCAAAGUUUUUUUUUUGUUUAAACUAAAUAUCUUAAACCGCUUAUUGCUACUAAUUUAUUUUAAUUUGAUUUGUUUUGUGACCAUCAAGAAAUUCAUGUCUGCCUGUGUUUCUGAGUGAUGGUCACUUGGUUGUAUCUCUAAACAAAUGAUUCCUUGUGAAGUUCAUUUUCAUUUCGCUCGGUAGGUGAUAUUGGUAUGACCGACCUUUACGUUUCCGUGUUCGUCUGUAUAAUCAUAUUUAAACGUAGUUUCUUUUGAAUUCAAUGCCUAAUACAAGUAUAACGGAUGUAUCAAAUAUUUCCAGUUAAAACAAAUUAUGCAAAAUAAACGACAUCGGCUUCGUUUUAUGGAAUUGUAAUUAGCUUCUCCUUGUAACUCGUCAGCUAGCCUUAAGUUGUAUCUUAACUUUAUAGUUUUAUAUUAAUUAAUCGGUGUGGUAGCUUUAAUAUUGUGACA